CGGCUAUUACUCGCGCCAGAUGAGAUGCCAUGUCAAGUCGCCGACGACCAUCCCGCCGUGCUCCAGCUGAUUGCUGGUCAAUGCCCCAAUCUUCGGUCGUUGAUCUGGGAUUGGCCAAUAGCGUCAAGAAACCUGCCAACCGCAGUCACACUCGCGGAACUGGCGAACGCAGCUCCCACUCUCAGGCAGCUCGCUAUACCCGCAAAUUUGACAUUUGCACAUCGCUGUCCUACCACGGCCCACAAAGGGUUGGAGCAUUUGAUGCUCACGUCCGACACCGUCUAUAUUGAAGAAGAGCGAGCCCAUGAAUGGCUGGAAAGGCUUUAUCCAAAUGCCGAUAUCAGCGAUCAGUCAUAACAACCGCAUCUUUCCGAUUUCGACUUGUAUUUUUGGACCUGUAUUCCCCCCCUCAGCAACUAUUCGAGAAACCGCACGAGGCAUGUAGAACAUCAUCAACAAGUAUACACGUACACUAAGGUCAAUAUCUGGGGAGAGGCGCCGGCCGUGGGCCAAUUGUACCAGUAUGCGACCGGCCGGGGAUAGAUGAUGAAUGGAUAUACCCAGAAGUA